CCAUCUCUACCUCGGUCCACCCGUCCGGCAUCCUCAAUCUUCUACAACCUCUAUUGGCUACUUUGCAAUGUCACCUCCACCGCCUUGUCCUUGCUUGGAUCUGUUGCUUCUGUGUGAUGACGAGGGUUAGUGCUUCUUGCCAUUAGACGCAGAACUAUCAGACGGCGACUGGCGAGACUUUUGUCGUCUCGGAAGUUCUCUUCCUGCCCUUCUCCAGAAGUUUGUCCAGAGAAGCUUAGAUCUUGUUCAACCGCUUGUUCUUCUCCAGUCGAUGAUGUUCCGGACGUGUUUACGGAACUCAGAAACUUGAUAUGGAAGCAAACCGCAUCUGGCAUGAGACUGUGGUCGAAGCCUACUCGAACCUCAUCACGCCCGGCGUCUGUUGCUCUGCCGCAGUUUACGACUUGGCCAAUCGCCGAUGGUACCAGCUCAAUGUUAGAGAUCCGGUAGUGCCGGAUGCAGACUGGCGCCACGAUACACGACUCGACGAGGUACCUGACGACGAGUGGCUCGGCUCGACGGUUGAGAAGCAUAUCAAGGCACACUACCACUCGACGGCCGCUCUUCCUCCCUGGAACACAAUCAGCACGAACUCAAGCGGCUUCCCGGUCACGUUCGAACUCUCCGAGGAAGCCUUAGUCCGCAGGCCAAUUUCGGAGAACUUCUGCUAUGGAAUCAGGCCUUCCGACAAGCUUCCAACAACCAGGAAGUGCGUCUUCAAGCGUAUCGAUUUCGACUGCGAUGUCGAAUCGCACGAGAACGAGAUUCGUACCAGGGAAGCCAUUAUUCGGUGUAUCGAGAGAGACCGGGGAAGUGCCUCCAAGGAUCAAAACUACGUGAUGGAAAGACGAUUUAAUGUCGUGCCUAUUCUCGCUGUGGUCUUGCACGACGAGACAAGCAACUGGAUCGUCUCGAAUCACUCUGUCAACAAGGAUUAUCUGCAUGAUAUAGAUACCGAACUUCAUAGUCAUCAGAUUGCUGGAUUUCUCAUGCCUUACGCCGGUUGUAGUCCUGACCUACUAGGUAUGUCGGUCGCCGAUUCCGAUAGAUUUGGAUCUACGGCUUCUACUUCUCCAGCGAUGGGCUCCUCAUCGACCGUGACAAAUUUGCCUAUCAGCGAGGAACAACUUCUGGAUCUCGCUUGCGGUAUACAGAAGCUCUCGAGAUGCGGCGUCGUGCACGGGGAUAUCUGUCAUUGGAACGUCGUCCUCACACAGCCCGAAUCGACAGCUUUGCAUGCUGCGAGACUGCUCUUGAUCGAUAUGGGAGAUAUAGCCCCUGACUACGAAGGCGAUGCAGAUGCAUUGGGAAACUUGUUUCUCUGGUGCUUGGAACACUCAGCCAAGUUGAGGGAUACUACUGCGAUAAGGAAGAGGAUUGUGAUUGCCACGGUAUUGUUGAAGGGGGGAGAUUUAGACCGGGCUAUCGGAGUAUUAUCGUCGAGUAAGACGAGGGGCAGUUUCAAAAGGCCGCUUUCUUCUGCCAACCAAGAAGUCAAGAGAAGGCGUCUCUGAGUCGAGAGUAUUCCGCCUAGCAAUGUAAGAAACAAUAGACAGUAGCUGAAUAUGCCGUAUAUAAGCUUCAUUCAAAUAA